ACUUGAAGGCUCUUCCUAGCCAUGGCCACCGCCGCCACUUCGCCGCCGCCGACCGCCACCGAGGACCCCGUCCGCCUCCUCAUCCCUGGAUUCCUCUCUCCCGAGACCUGCAAGGAGCUGGAGUUCGUGCACCGGAGCUGCGGCACGGCGGGGUACCGCCCCUCGGUGGUGUCUACUUCGCUGCCCCACCUGGCUGCCACGGGCUGCGGCCACCUGCUGCUCCCCUUUGUGCCCAUCCGCGAGCGCCUCCGCGACGCCGUCGAGUCCUUCUUCUCCUGCCACUUCGACCUCUUCGUCGAGUUCACUGGACUCGUCAGUUGGUGCAAGGGUGCUUCUAUUGGAUGGCACAGUGAUGACAACAAACCUUAUCUUAGGCAAAGAGCCUUCACGGCUGUGUGCUACUUGAACAGUCAUGGAAAGGACUACAAGGGUGGAAUUUUGCAGUUUGAGGAUGGUGAACCCUCCUCUGUUGUUCCAGUUGCUGGUGAUGUUGUCAUCUACACUGCUGAUAAUCGUAAUGUCCAUUGCGUAGAUGAGGUAACUGAAGGUGAAAGGCUCACCCUUACUCUUUGGUUCACCAGAGAUAGUGCUUAUGAUGAGGAUCCAAAGCUCCUUAAGUUUCUCUCCCAGACAUCAUGGAGCUAUAAGCCAGCUGACCAGAACUCGUACAUUCCUUUGCCUGCCUCGGAUAACAUGUACUGGUUUUCCUAUGACCAGUCUGGUUUUGACAUACGAUGUGCUAGAGUCCACAUUCUUGGGUUUAGUUUCCAUGCAAGCAAUGACGAAAAGAGUAACAGUGCAUCUGUUGCACCAACUGAAGACCCCAUAGAGUUGCUUGGGAAGCCACUGCGACUUGGGAGGGGAAAUGAUGUCUUUGUAAAGAUAUUUGCCAAUAGCUUGCAUGCGCUUCAGGUGGUGCAGUUCUACUACUGGAAAGCACCUGAACUGGCAGAAAGGAGAAAACAUACUACUGUUGGUUCAGAAACAGUCUGUUAUCCUACUAUACAAGUACAACAAUCAAGUGGAACGGAACUUCCAUUGCCGGGCAACCAUGGCCUUGCACAAGCCAUAUUUGGAUCAUAUGGCAAUGCGGAGCCGGAGUUUACUCUUGAAUGGGAUGAUUUUAUGUUAGCAGCUGUUAUGUGGGAAAAUUAUUCAGACGAAUUGAAGAGAAAGUUGUCGACAUUUUUGCCAUAUUGGCUGUCCAGUGAAACCAUUUUUGUUGUUGAUUCCUCUGAGAUCACUCAGGUAGGUGGUGAAGGGAACUAAACACUGACCUGAUGUUAUGUAGCAUUACUUCCAGCGAACCUGUGAAGGGUUUUGUAUAUAAAUGUAGCUCACUAGGAUAAACUCUCGAAGAUGGAUUAACUGGUCUUAAAACAUUCUAGGACCACUCCUUGAUAUCUGUGUUUCCGAUAGCUUUCAUAUGGAUUGAUAUUGAUCUGUUCUAUUUUAUAGUAACAUUCAUAUUUCUUCAAUUGCCUCUCAAGCUGAUAAUCAUAUUUUUGUUUGGCUGAGUUUUGGCCAUAAAUUUAUUCUGUUACUGCUUACUAGUUAAUUUUCAUGUCCGAGGUAACUGUUUUUUGGAAAAAAAAACAAUCAUCUUAAUGGUGUCAUGAAACACUUGAAUGUGACCUGUUACUAGGACAUCUUUAACGGGCUUAAGCAUUGUGGUAAGGCACUGGUUGAUUAAUUUAAACUUGUUCCAUUGGCUCUUGAAAAUUUGAAAUAUCAGCUCAACACCCCAUGCAUUCUUUCUUUCACACACACAAGUGUCCUUUAUUUGCGAAAUCUGAAGAAAGUAGCCUUUCCCUCUUGUAGAAUCCUUAUACCGGUAUGCAAAGGUCACUGCCUAGAUACUAGUAGAGUUUAUGUCACUUUUCUUUAAAUCUAUAUGGCAUUAGUAGAUUUCUGUGACUGCUGUUUUCAUCAGAACCAAUGGAUACCAUACUGAACAUGUCUGC